CGCUGGAGAGGAGGCAGCAGCAGCAGCCUAAGCCUCGCUCAGACUUGCCUCCCAGCAGUGAACUGACGCUGUCUUGUGCUUUGCUAAAUUUCACCAGAAGAGGGUACAGUUUUGAAAGCUCUUGACGUCAGCCUGGAAUUCCUAUUAUGUUUAGAUACAGCACUGGAAAAACAAGCCCCUCUGAACAAGUUCUCCCUCUCAACACUUCCACUUACUGUUCCACAGGAGUCCACGAGGAAACUCAGGAAGACCUUGAGGCAGCAGCCCCAGUUAGCAGCUCUGGGGCUGCAGGCAAGGCCAAUGGGGGUGACAGCCCCCGGGAGGAGGGUUUGGAUCAUCUGACCCAUUGAAGCUUGCCGAUGACUCCUCUUUCUGUUAAUCUGUGCAAAAGACUACUGGCAAUGUUUCUGAGUCCAUGAAGAGACAUCCCUUCAGGAAGAAAAGAACCCUGGACCUCAAAUCUCAGGAGCACCCACGCAGGAGAGAAGGCAGCCUGGUGAGGGUUGGGAAAAAGCCGGGGGCAGCCAAGACGGCAGGAUGGAUGUGGCAGGGGAUUCCAGCCUGUUGGAGCUGGACAGUAACGGGUCAGAAAACACUGAAGACAUAGAGAUUGUGGUCAAUGUCGGAGGAGUGAGGCAGGUCCUGUAUGGAGACCUGCUGAGCCAGUAUCCAGAAACCCGGCUGGCUGAAUUAAUCAACUGUUUGGCUGGGGGUUACGAUACCAUUUUCUCUCUGUGUGAUGAUUAUGACCCGGGGAAAAGAGAAUUUUACUUUGACCGGGACCCUGAUGCUUUCAAAUGUGUUAUUGAGGUCUAUUACUUUGGGGAGGUUCAUAUGAAAAAGGGGAUCUGCCCCAUCUGCUUCAAGAAUGAAAUGGAAUUUUGGAAAGUGGACCUCAAGUUCCUGGAUGACUGUUGUAAGAGCCACCUGAGCGAGAAACGGGAAGAGCUGGAGGAGAUUGCCCGCAGGGUUCAGUUGAUCCUGGAUGAUUUGGGAGUGGAUGCCUCAGAAAAUCGCUGGAAAAGGUGCCAAAAGUGUAUCUGGAAAUUCAUGGAGAAGCCGGAGUCCUCCUGCCCAGCCCGGAUCGUGGCCAUCCUGUCCUUUCUCUUGAUAUUGAUCUCCUCAGUGGUCAUGUGCAUGGGGACCAUCCCAGAGCUUCAGAUUUUAGAUGAUGAGGGGAACCAUGUGGAGCACCCCACACUGGACAACAUCGAGACUGCUUGCAUUGGCUGGUUCACACUGGAGUAUGUCCUUCGGCUCAUCUCGUCUCCCAACAAGCUCCACUUUGCUUUGUCCUUCAUGAAUAUCAUUGAUGUAUUGGCCAUCCUACCCUUCUAUGUCAGUCUGACUCUGACCCAUUUUGGGGCCCGGAUGAUGGAAUUGACCAAUGUCCAACAGGCAGUCCAAGCCCUCCGCAUCAUGAGGAUAGCAAGGAUCUUCAAGCUGGCACGUCACUCUUCUGGCCUGCAGACCUUGACCUAUGCUCUGAAAAGGAGCUUUAAGGAGCUUGGGCUGCUCCUGAUGUACCUGGCUGUUGGGAUUUUUGUCUUUUCUGCCCUUGGCUACACUAUGGAGCAGAGCCACCCAGAGACACUCUUCAAAAGCAUCCCCCAAUCCUUCUGGUGGGCCAUCAUCACCAUGACUACAGUUGGGUAUGGAGACAUCUACCCCAAGACCACUCUAGGCAAGUUGAAUGCUGCCAUCAGCUUCCUCUGUGGGGUCAUUGCCAUUGCCCUUCCCAUCCACCCCAUCAUCAACAACUUUGUCAGGUAUUACAAUAAGCAGAGGGUACUAGAGACAGCAGCCAAGCAUGAGCUGGAGCUGAUGGAACUCAACUCCAGUGAAGGGAGAGCCGGGGGCUCCCGGAGUGACUUGGACAAUCUCCAGCCACAGCAGGAAGGGAAGGAGGUACCUCUGUGGAACAGCAGGUUAAAGGUUUCGCACAGUGACACCUUCAUCCCCCUCCUGUCAGAUGAGAAACAUUAUAGGACCCGGCUUCAGAGCUGCAAGUAACCAGUAGGCUUUGGGGGGCUCUAGCCUUCCCAUUUGGACACAAGACUGAUGAGCUGCUGCCAAGGAUAUUGCAGGAAUUGUCAUUUGGGUGCCUGAAAGCUAUUUUCUCGUCCUUCCAUUCCCUUUCCUUUCCCUCUUCCUCCACCUGAAUACAAAUCUUAAUUACUUCUGGGUCCCAUUUGGGUAAGACUUUGUUUUUAUUACCUGCCAAUAGUUCAUGAAAAAUCAAGGUCUAAGAGGGGAUUAGAAAGCCAACUCAUCCCUGAUGAGAAGACGAGGUGUGCUAGUUACACGUCAGGCAAUGGCUGUGACAUAACUUGGGUGUGCCAUUUGACCAACUCCCAGUUCUGUAUCUGGUCUAAUAAAGCCUCUAACUCUAUAUACCACAAACCUGUGUUUUGGGUUCUGUCCCUGGACUUUUACCCACAAAAGACAUUGCUUGGUUCAAACACCAAAGCUGACUGUCAUCCCUGAAUUGUGUGCAGUAGGUGUGGAGCCAGGGGGUGGGAGAGUAUUUUUAGCCCAGAUCUAAUUAAAGAUGUGAGCAUACAUUGUAGGGAUAUGUCAUGUUAAGGAGGUUCGCCACAUUCCAGACAGCUCUAUAAAGAUAGUAGCAGAAAGAAUGCUGGAUGUGGAGACCUGAGUCCAUGACCUGGCUCUCCCAUUGACUAGAUGGGUAUAAGCUGUUUUCCUUCUCUGCACCAAGUUUUCUCACCCCAAAUACGUGUUUUGGAGUCAGAAAGUCUGGGUUUGAAUUCCAACCCUGCCUUCUGGCCAAGUCACUUAACUUUCCUGGACCCGAGUUUCCUCAUCUGUAGCAUGAGGUGUUGUUUAAGAUCAGGGGUUCUUAUUCUGGGGUCUGUGAACUUUGUUUUCUAUUUUUAUAACUACAUUUCAACACAAUUGGGUUUUUUUGGGUAAUCAUAUAUAUUUCAUUUUGUGAAUUUAAAAGUCUUAUUCCAAAGAGGGUUCUAGGGACUUUACCAGCCUGCCAAGGGGGGGUCCAUGAAACACACACACAAAGGUUAAGAACCCCUGGCCUAGAUGACCCUGAUAGUGUCUUCUAAUUCUAAAUUUAUGAUCCCUUGAUGAGGGAAGCAGUGAGAUGUAUGGGAAAGAAUACUGAAUUUGGGGUGAGGAGAAUUGCACUUGAAUCCUGGCUCUGUGAGGUCUUGGUCAAGGGACUGCUCCUCUCUAAGACUCAUUUUUCUCAGCUGCAAAGUGGUGGGGUUGGACUAGACAAGGAUGCUGGUCCUUUCCAGCUCUAAAAUCAGUAAUCCCAAAAGAAGGGCUGUUGGAUUAGAUGAUCACUAAGGACCAUUCUAGCUUUAAAAUUUGCUUCUAAUAUGGGCACAUUUUUGUUGUUUUCGAAAAUUGCAUUUUCUUCUCAGUAUAAAGCACUCCUUAAGGUAGCUCUCUGAAUCAUCUUUGUAGGGAGACUAGUGCAUGGAAAACAGUAAGUAAGGAAAACAUUGUUCUUGCUAAUAACAGCACUGGAAUUUCUGUAGAAUGUUAGAAUUGUGAGGGGUGGUGGUAGGGGUCAUUUAAUAUCUCUCAUGAAUUGUAUUAUAUUCUCUUCUUACUCUCUAUGGUUGCUAUGUUGCAGGGAAUAGGAAUUGAUCAGCUAAAUGGAGAAGCUAAAACAAAUAGAAGUUAGCUGUAAUGUAACAGGGUGAGCCAAAAUAUUUAUUCAUAGUUCUGGAGUGUUUUGCUGCCUUCCUCUCAAAGCUGAGGUUUUCAGCCUAAAUUCACACUUUGCACAACUCCAUUGAAAGGUGAAUUUGCUAACACUGGUUCCUUGUUCUGUAGGCACAAUUAUGAACAAGUGCUUACAGAAGACUGGAUAGAAUCUUAUGGAUUCCUUGAAUCUUUUGGUUCUUUUGGAUGGAAAUUUUCAACAAAAAAAGAAAACACUUAAUGCUCCAGGGCUCUGGGGGCGGGGGUCUGGUCUUUGUUCUGGGAGUCUGGAAUAUCUCUUAGCUUUUAAGGACAGUGUUUGCAAUUGUGAGGCUGCUAGGUGGCUCAGAGGAUAAAGCCCUGGUCUGGCCUACUAUCAGGUAGACUUGAGAUCCAUCCGGCCUCAGACACUUACUAGCUAGCUGGAUAACCCUGGGCAAGUCGCUUAACCUCUGUUUGCCUUAGCCUACUGGAGAAAGAAAUGGCAGAUUACUCCAGUAUCUUUGUCAAGAAAACUCCAUGGACAGUAUGGUCCAUGAGGUCACAAAGAGCUGGAUAUUACUGAACAACAACAAUAAAUCACAAUUGUGACUAGUGGGACCAAAGCAGGCUAAAUCAUUACUGAUGCUAGACCAUGAGAGAGGAUGCACUCCACAUUAGGAAGGCAGUCUUCUGAGGUCUGUGCCAGGGGUUGCCACCAGCCAUACCUUAUGUCGAGGGAGGGAAGGUAUCCCCUUAGCCUAAAACACAGCAAGCCAACUUAGCUGGCAUGAUAGCCUCGAUCUGGGGCCAGAACGCUUCUCUUAGGUGUCUAUAGUACUGCUUUGAGGUCUGGGAUUUAGAACCAGAAAACUUGGGAUCAGGUCCUAGCUCUGCUACUUUAGUACCUGUGUGACAUGAGAAAAACCAUUUACCUUCUCUGGUCCUCAACCUCUUCAUCUGUAAAAUAAGGGAAUAAAUGAGAAGCUCUAAGGUUCAUUAUAGCUCUGAAGCCUGUACUCUUCCCAACCCCACUCCCCCACCCCAUUUCUUCCUUUAAGUAUUAAUAGUAAUAACAAUAGCUAACAUGUCUAGAGUGCCUUAAGGAUUGCAAAGCACUUUGCAUCUGAUGUCUUGUUUAUUCUGACAACUCAGUGAGGUAGGUUGCAGUGAUUAACUCCAUUUUACAGAUAAGGAAACUGAGGCUGAGAGGUAAGUGAUUUGCUUAGAUUCAGAAAGCUAAUAAGUGUCUGAGACAGAUUUUGAACUCAAGUUUUCCUGAUUCCAAACAGUGCUCUUCUAUCUCAAUUCCUUCCUACUCCUCCAAUCUAUUUUAUGUAUACUGCAGGAAUUAUAUGCCUAAUGCACAAAGCUUUGAGCAGAGGGCUUGUCCAGUGAGAAACCUUCUUAGAUCCCCCUUCCAUUUGGAUGCAUAGCUCCUCACUGCCAACUCUAAUUGUACCCCUGGCACUGAAGGAGACAAAGUUGUGGUAGGGACUCCAAGAUGCUGCUGCUAUGCGGUGGGGGGCUUAGGCCUAGUAGAUGAUUGACAAAUGUUUGUUUAGAUAGUGAAUUCAUGGGUAGACCUUGGAGUCACCCACAUCAGUGGGGAGGGGCAUCAUAGAGGCAUCACAGGACAAUGCAAAGAACCUUGGGUUUGGAGUCCAAGGGCUUGGAUUUAAAUCCUGACUCUAACUGUUGUUAUUCAGACUUUUUCAGUUGUGUCUGACUCUUCAUGACUCCAUUCGGAGUUUUCUUGGCAAAGAUU